UCUCCGAACUUCUGCACAUCACACGCACUGCAAUCAGCAGACACUAGGAUGUAACCAUUUCCACAAGUUUUUAUUCUGAAUCUGCUCUCUUUUACCUAUUUUUGUAUCAUGUUUUUUUUUUUAACCAUUUAUUGUUUUACAAGGAAUAACUUACCAAAAACAUGACCUGGACAUACUUUUUUGGCCGUCAAAGCCAAAACUGUGCUGAAUGCAAGACCUAGGCGAAACUCUUUACGGGAUUAUAACAUCUUUUUCGGUUCUGUUCUCGUGGUUUCCUGCUCUGGAUUUUGGAUUUAACGUUUUAUAAUCGAGAUGGAAGGCCGGGAUUUCGCCCCUCCGCCGCACCUUCUGGCAGAGCGAGGCACGCUGGUUCACAGAGCCGCCUCGAGGAUCACUCCUACCGGGCACACGGCAGUGCAGCAUCCCGGUCACUUUCAGCCUGGGAAAUAUUAUGCCUCGCACAUACCGAUGCCUCCACAUUCAGGCAGUGGACUGAUAGGGAACUCCUCUGCCUCUUUCAUGGGUACGUUUCUGGCCAGCAGUCUGGGUUCUCCUACCACCCACCCAACCGGACCUCCAUCAUCCCCCUCGUCUCCGCCCUAUCGGACUGGACCUCACUCCACAGCCCCAUCACAGAUCUGGUUCCCCCACUCACAUGAAGCCCCAGGGUAUCCCCGCUUUUCAGGGAGUCUAGCCCCCACCUUCUUAUCUAUGAGCCCCCUGGAUCACCAUGGCAACAGCAGUGUACUCUAUGGACAGCAUUUCUAUGACACUCAGAAAGAUUUCUAUCUAAGAGGCCUCCCAUCACAACCCCACCUUCUCUCCACCAAUCACAGCUUCCCACCAUUAUCUCGGACCGCCCCCACCCAUCCGCUGGAUUCCUGUAGCCGGGAGAGGGAUUCUGGGAGCGCACAUUCCCAGAAGAGCUCCAAAGAGACAGGUGUAGCAGAGCGAAGAGUAGGAUCCGGUGGAAAAGAUAAAGAAAAGAGUAAACAGGACUCUAAGCAGGAUCGCCAGCACCAUGGCCAGCCACUUCCCAACCUUCAUCACCACCAGCACCAUCACUCCCAAAGCUUAGAAGAGGACCUCCAGAACAAAGACGACCCCAAGCACCUUAGCUCUUGCCUGCUUAGCACAAAGACCCAGAAUGGCUCUGACACAGGGGCAACAGCCAGGGGCUCCUUGCCCAGUUGUGUAGGACCAGGAGCCUCGGGUCUGGGGACUGGCCGGCAGCCAAGUGGAGAAGGUCACUAUUGUAAGGAGGGGGUCAGUGGAGAGAUGCGAAUUAGUGAGCCACCCUCAGACUGUCUUCGACACAGUGCCAUGCUAGGCCAUGCCCACCCAAUGUCCUACUCCAUACCCCCUCCUCUGAGCAUUGGCUCUGCUGUAGGAGGAUCCUGGCUCCACCCAAGUCAUCCACACCAUCACCAUCCUCAUCAUCACCAUCCAGAUCUCUUCUGCCCACCUCCCCCUGCCCCACUCACCAUGCCCUCUGCUCAGGAAAAGAGCCUGGCUUCUGGAGCAGGCAGGGACUCUGAGGUAAUGGGGCCUACCUUUGUGCCCUCCGUAGGGCCGCUGAGGGACAAAACCAGCGGACCAUUUCAAUUAGGAAACCCUCACUGUCGAGGUACAGGAGGUGGGAUGGUGGCAGCUGGGGGAGGUGUUGGAGGAGGUAUGGGGAAAGAAACCAAAACUCCUGAGAGGAGUAGCAGUGGAAGUCGAGCAGCUCCUCCUGCACCUCCCCAAAUGCCUCCACCUAGUAGCUGCCAAAGAAAAUCUUCCCAACAGCAAAAUGCUUAUGGCAAAGCAGACAAGAGCUCAGACUGGUCCCCGGGCCUUCAUUCACGCACACAUGAGGUUCAGCACAGACAAAAUCAGCUACCCAGUUCGGUUAGGUCAUGUAGCUUGGAUGGCAAUGAGGAAUCUGAUGCCUUUCGUCCUUCUCUGCCACUGGGGACGAAGGGUGGCCACCAAGCUAAGAGUAGCAUAUAUGCCAGCACUCCACCAUUUCGGGACUGUUCCCACUCAGGUCCAUCAAACAGGGCUUCUUCUGAAGGUAAAGGUGGAACUAAGAGUGAGUGUAGUCUUCAAAGGAACAGUCAGAGAGUUGCACGGAUACGUCAUCAGCAGCACGGUAAUGGAACUAGCACUGGCGGGAUGGAGCCUAGCAAUAAUGUGCAAGAAAAAAGGACUACAGAAUACAGCGGAGAGCAGACUGGCACUCCUCCCUCUUGGGGAGUGCGUGGACACCAGACUCGGCCGGAUGAAGAACAGCACAAGGCACACAACUCUCUAGGUGCCGGCUCCCAGACUUCACGUGGGGUCCAAGGAACUCUUUCACCCCUAACGACCCUACAGGAGGCCACGUUGGGCUCCCAAGGACCUGAAAGCAAUGCCAUGAGGAGUCUGAUGAAGUACAGCAGCCAGCAACCACUGCUGUUCUCUCAGAAGAGCCCAUUUGGUGGUCUGGGCUGCCUCAAGCAGGGGUCAGCAACUGGGGAGAGGAGUGAGAGAAACGACAAAAGUGGAAGCAGUUCGAGCUGUGCGCUGCAGGAGGUGAAGCAGACCCUCCCCCCCAGGAGAGCCUCAUCAUCCGUGGAGAAUGAGCGUUCGGAGCGGAUGGGUAAGGACUCAGGGGAAGCUCAAGGGGAGGGAGAGGUGCGGCUGCCCCCUGUGGGGAUAGCAGUGGCUGUUGCCAGGCAGAGAGAGCCCCCGUGUCGCCUGCCAGACGGGCAUCCCACCCACAGCCACCACAGCAGAGUGAUGCCCAGCAUGAAGGGUGUUGGACGCCCCAUGUACCCGCUGGACCGGGAGGUAGAUGAUGAACGGAAAACAGUGUAUGAGGGACAGCUUGGACUUCCUCCAUUCGACCGAGAGAGAGAACUCCUCCUCAGGGAAAACAAAGAAAGAGUUGAGUUUGCCAGGAUCCACCCCUCCAGUAGUUGCCAUGGAGAUCUGACCUCGCACCUUAUUGUUCCAGGCAGUAGCCAAUUAGGCACUGAGCCAUCUGCUCAUGCCCACCCCGCCCAUCAUCACUGGAUGCCUCGGACAGGAAGUCCCUCCCUCUGGAUGAGACACUCCUAUGGUCUCAGUCAUGCAGCAUUGCACCAGAACCUGACCCCAGGCUUCUCCACAACCAUGCCCAGCCCCUUGCAACCAGUCCUGCCUCUGCCUCAGGAUCCUUCCGCUGCCCUGGUGGUACUGCCUACCGAGCCAGCAGCCCACCCUGCCACCCAUCACCUUGAUGUAAUGGAGCAGCAGGGAUUGUGGCCCCCUGUUUACGGAGCCCGAGGGCCCGCCUCACACAUGCAGCAUCCCGCUGUCUAUUCCCGCUCCCAGUUUCUACGGCAACAGGAACUAUAUGCACUGCAGCAGCAUCAGCACCAGCAGCACCGUGCAGCGCAGGUGAUGGAGCUAGUGCACAGACACAGUCACUCACAGAGGAAACCUGAGGAUUCCCCCAUUGAUUUGGUUGAGGGAUCGUCUGAGCUCCGUACCCCCAAGCACACUAAGCCUUUCUCUGUUGGCCCCUCAACUAAAACACCCCCCUCCUCCUCAUCCCCGGGAGGCUGUGCCUCUCGUCUUUCACCCUGCUGUCGCUCACCCGCCCCGCGGUCCCACCUCAAGGGUACGCCCUGUACACCCUGUGCUGAGCCCAGCCCGGCCGUGGCUGCCCCUCGCUCCCCGGCACUCAGCCCCCACCACCUGCCAAAACCCACAGAGUCCCAGGAGAUGAGGGGAGAGCGGCAGCCGCCCCAGGACUACCCUCGGUCACUGGAGCCUGAUCUCCCUCCUGGCUAUACUUACCCUGCCAUUGCCAUUGGUUACAAGGGUGGCCCCUCCCCCCAAGAGGUCCAAUUGGCAGAGCAUGCUGACUUGGAGGCAGAGCAAGCGGAACCUGCUGAACCUGCACCACAGACCCACCCUCUUUCUCCCAAAGGGGAGGAGCCUGAUUGCCACACUGGAAUGGGAUCUCCUACUAGAACAUCCCAGGAAAUACAGGAAGAUUAUGUGGUGAUAGAAGCAGAAGGAGAGAUGGGUGAAGGCCAGACGGGGGUUACCUGUGGCCCUUCUCCUCUCUCGCAAACCUCCCUUUGCCCCAUUACUAACUCUACAGUAGCAGACACCCAUCCAGAGCCAGCGACUAUGAUCACUGACAUCCAAACUAGUGGAAUUGAUAUUCCAGCACCAGCUGAAGACCUCAAAGAGCAGAAUGAUGGUUUAUUAGAUCCAGUCCAGGGUUCUCUGUCCACCUUCCAGGAUUCUCAAUCUAUGGAACCUACAGUAACUGACCCAGAGAGGACAGUAGAGGGCAAUUGUGCCUCCCCCUGUAACUCGGUAGAGUCCACCCAUGCAUCACCACCUCUCUACCCCUGCCCUGUGUCCUCUGCCCUGGGAAAUCAGUACCCAGGCAGCUGCAUUUGGAGCUUGGAGCUGCUCAUAGCAGCAGCGCUGUGUGCCACCCAUGAUGCCCUUAUGGUGGCCCCUGUAUCUGCUGACACGAUGGCCCCUAAUUAUGGCAUGGAAUUACUAAGUGAACUGGCUGAGCUAGAGCAAACCCAACAGCAGAGGAACAACAUGGUGGAGAACACAGAAGAUGACAUGUUGACCUUUGACCUCCAAAGUUUGGCAACCCUCGCUGCCGCUCGCGCCUUGGAGCUGGCCCCGCCCAUCACAGCAGACUCAGUCCCCCCCCUACGCAGAAUCCUCAAUCUGCGCAGGAAGUGCAAGUGGACACCGCGCUCUGAAACGGUGUGUCCUGUUAAGGCUACCAUGGAAACGCUGGAUCGGGAGGAGAUAGCUAUGCGUGUGCGUCUGGCAGAACUGCAGCGGCGCUACAAGGAAAAGCAGAGGGAGCUGGCAAAGCUACAGAGAAAACAUGACCACCAGAAAGAGGAGACCUCGUGCAGUCCUGCUCGUCGAGGACCGGGAAGGCCAAGGAAGCGCAAGUCCACAUCGGCACCCCUGAUUUCCACAGAUACCCCAAAAAAAGUAGAGUCGGUUGAAACAGGAGCAGGGCCAGGCCUGUUGACAGCGGAGGAGUUGGCUGGGGGCGGAGACAGGAAGAGGAAGAUGAAGAGGUUGACCAAUAGCCCAUACCACUGUCUCAACAGCACACAGAUGAAGGUUCACUGUAGGCCGAGAGGCAGACCAAGACUGUUGAGCACUAAGUUUAAGCAGAAAGCCUGUUCACAACUGAAGCAAAAAGCCAAUCGUGGAUCCAGACUGGUGAACUUGUGUCACAGAGAAAGCAAUUCAUCAAAAACCAUCACACAACAUCUAUCCAGAGAACAUACUCAUAGUAACAAAACUAGAGAGCACAGUGACACAGCAGGCAGUGUGGCAGCAGUCCACCAGGGAUCAGAUGGGAAGCGGACUCUAAUGAGAGGUGCAAGAUCAAAGGCCAUCCUGAAUUCCUCCGCUCUGACAACUCAAACUCAGCAGCUGCUACGCAAUAAGCCCGAUUGCAAGCUCGAAGCUCCUGAGAAGGGUAUCUCGCCCUCGGACAGCGACACAGAAGAUGAAGAUGACGGCAUCUAUGACAUCGAGGAAGGGGCAGAGGGCAUCAAGAAUCUAUCAUCUAAAGAGCAACUGUCUGGAGCCAGCCGGCCUUCACAGUGCUCCAUCGUAAAGCUUGAAACCAAUCAAAAAUCCAAGAACAAGAUGGAAAGACAAGGAUUCGAAGAGAUUAGGAUGAGAAGGAAGGCCCCCUGUAGGCCAGCCUUGGUCAGUGCUGACAAUAACCAUUCAGAACUGGAGGAGGGAAGGAGAUUGACUGGCCCCAAGUGGAAAGAGGGGUCAAGGGAGAACACAUUUGACAACACUAGGCUCCUCAAGACCUCAUCCAAUCCACGAGAGAGGUCCAACAGGAAGACUGCAGUGCUUCUCGGCAAGAGGAAGAGUUGUUGGUUAGAAACACUAUCAUCUCAGUAUGAUGACAUCACUUGGAGUAGAAGAAACAGAAAUAAGCAGCAGGCAAAGGGCCGCGCAGUCAGUCGUUUGCUCGAGAGCUUUGCUGCAGAUGAGGGAUUCCGUAUGGAUGAGGACAGCAGCUUCUCGGAGGGCGAGGAGGAAGAAGAGGACGAUCCUGAGUUGGUGGGCAGUGCACUAACUGCCCUGACCAACUGCACUCUCACCAAAGAAAUACUGAGGGAUGGACUGAAAGUGUUAAUCUCAAAAGAGGACGAGUUACUGUACGCCGCCUGUGUACAUACACUGGACCUGCCUGAUAUCUAUAGUGUUGUCAUUGACGGAGAGCGAGGAAACAGGCCCAGGAUCUACUCUCUGGAGCAGCUGCUUCAAGAAGCGGUUUUAGAUGUACACCCGGAGACGGUGGAAACUCUGACAGCUGGAACAAGAGUGUGCGCCUACUGGAGUGAACGUUCACGCUGUCUGUAUCCUGGAUAUGUCCGUAGAGGUGAGGAACAAAAGGAGGGCAGUGUCAUGGUGGAGUUUGACGAUGGAGACCGGGGAUGGAUUUCUCUCUCAAGCAUUCGACUGCUUCCACCAGGCUACCAAAUUCAUUGUGCAGAGCCAUCACCAGCCCACCUGGUCUCACCUCCCUGCCGCAGAAGGAAGAGCUCUACUCAAGAGAAGAUAACUCAGCAGAACGAUGUGUCCUUAGAGCGUUCUGCUAAUGUGGAGCCCAGAAAGAAUGUUGUUAAAGGGAAACCAGGAAGGCCAAAAUCAACCAGUUCAUCAUCAAAGAACUGUAUGUCUGAGAAUGUGACAGGGACAGCUUCUCCUCUUCUUAGCUGGCCUGUUGCCACCAUGUCCAGAAGGAAACCUUCCAUAGAUUUCUUCCAAUUUAAUGGGUCAUCUAAGAAAGCGCUGAGGGAAAAGGAGUCAGACAUGUUCCCAUUAUUUAGCUCAACCAUUGCCACCCCUGCCAAAGGCAUCUUCAGCACUUCCUUUGAGGUAGAUUCAUUCAGCAGCAUUGCAAAUGGUUGCACCUCCUUUGGAAAUCAGCAGUUGACGACAGGCCUGCCACUUGGUAAUAAGGGCACCCCUAGUUUACAGGGUAGAAAGACAGCAAACAGGAAAGAAUUUCUGGUGAAACUGGACCAUGAAGGUGUAAUGUCCCCGAAGACUAAGAAUGGAAAAGCAUUAUUACUCCUUGGAAGUCCAGAGGUGCAGAGUUCUAGAGGUGGGCGAAUGGAGAAGGGCUUUGAAGCCAAAGGAAUAGGAGAACUGACCUCAACGAUGGGCUACUCCCAAUCUGUUGUUUUAGUCAAAGAUGCCAAAAGGAACACCGGCCAUCUUCUUAAAGGUUCAUCAGACAUGCAUAAGCACCCUCAGGGUCUGGGGCUUAGUGAAUAUGCAGAUUAUGGGCCUAACUGUCCCAGCGACUGCCUAAGCUCCUAUUCAGAUAUGGAUGAAGAUGAAGACGAGGAGGAAGAUGCCAGAAGAGCAGCAAUGCGCACCACUGGACGCUUUCUGUCUCGUCUCUCGGUUUCAUCGUCAUCCUCCGGUUCCUCAAGUGCGUCUAGUUCAGGCUCGUUGUCCAGCUCCAGCAUCUGCUCUUCUGACAAUGACUCAUCCUACAGUUCAGAUGAAGAGGAUGCAUCGCAACUUCUCCUACAGGGUUGCCUGUCCACUCAUCAUACAUUGCUUCAACAACAGCAACAUUCUGAGUCCCAUACUGCCGCUCCACGUCACACUUUUGGAUCCAAAACCAUGAGUAUCUCUAAUUCAAAGGCUGCAGUCAAUAGUAGUACUGGAAAACCUCCAAGAAGAAAGGAUAUUGACAAUAACUCUGCCUCUGUAAUACAGUCCAAAUCUUCCAAAGACUAUCCUAAGAAGCAGAAGAUACCAUCUUUAGGUGGUCCACCCAAAUCGUCCUCAUUCAUGCCAGGACGGCAGCUGUGGAGGUGGUCUGGGAACCCAACUCAGAGACGGGGUUUGAAAGGAAAAGCAAGAAAACUCUUCUACAAGGCCAUUGUUCGGGGCAAAGAUACAGUCCGAGUUGGUGACUGUGCAGUGUUCCUCUCUGCUGGUCGACCUCACCUGCCCUUCGUCGGUCGCAUUGAGAGUCUAUGGGAAUCGUGGUCCAGCAACAUGGUAGUCAAAGUAAAGUGGUUCUACCACCCCGAGGAGACCAAACUUGGCAAAAGGCACCGGGAUGGGAAGCAUGCCCUGUACCAAAGUUCCCAUGAGGAUGAAAAUGAUGUCCAAACCAUCUCCCAUAAGUGCCAGGUGGUGAGCCGUGCUGAAUAUGAGCAUCUCAGCCGUAUCAGGAAACCCAACAGCAACAGUCAGGAUCUUUACUACCAGGCUGGAACUUACGAUCCCACCAGUGGUCAGCUGGUGACAGCCGAGGGAGAGUCAAUCAUCUGCUAGUGUUUGGAAAUGGCUGGAUGCACUACUGAAAUCAUGAUUUCUCUUUGGGAGAUUCAAGAAAUGGCUGACAAUCAGGCCAAGAUACAAAACUAGCAUGAUGCUGGAAGUGACAGCCAUGGGUUUCUGCUGAAACUUUCAACUCUACUCUUUGUCACCUGAGUAAUAGUACAUUAUUAAAUUAAUUGUGGAAGAGAAAACUCAUGGUGAUCGCUCUAUGAAGGCUCCACGUACAUAGAAUGAUUUUGUUUCUAUUCGUGAAAAUGGUAAUCACUGGACUUGUUCAGAGUAGGAUAUUUAGAAGGCUAACAUAGAUCAGAUGUGUUAAACACUGACUUUAUUGUUGGAUUUGCAGAGAGAUCUUUUGGAAAGAUCUUCACUGGUUAUACACAUCAAACUGAUGUCACCGGGACAUUUGAUAUCCCGGCAGGACCAAAUAAACUGUUACUAUGAGCUGUGGUAUGAUCUGAUUGUUUGUGUGUUUGCUUGAGAGGAGACGAGAAUGAGGUGGUACUUCUUUGCUGUAUGGAAAUAUGUGAAAAACCAUGUGCGUAUGUAGAGAUCAGCCACAACAAAACAAACAGAAAUGGGCAUCAACCUGGAGAUUAGAAGGUCUAAAUUGUGUUCUUCUAAAUUCAAUGAUGCUCUCACAGGUGUAAAGUCUAAUGACCUCUUUUGACAAUUCCAGGGAUUCUUUUUUAUAAUUUUAUUUUCAAUUAUUUUUGACGCACAGAUAACAAAAAGUCAAUAUAUAAGUAAUUCAGUUUAUGACCUGAUAUUUGUGUGUAAACAAACAAAAUACAAACAUAAAGUAACAAACAAAAGGAAUGAUUUUUCCAGUUAAGCCAUACACUUCUGUACCUCUUGCUUAUCUUCUCAUUCAGGUCUAUAUUUGUACAAUUGAUUUAUUUGAUGUAUGUAAAUAUAUAAAUAUAUAAAUUAAUAUUAAAAACAACAAAAUGUAUAUAUAAUAUAAGAGAGAGCUCUGUUCCUCUAAUGCUCUUAAUUGUGUUAUUUUUUUUAAAUGAUAAAACUGUUCUGUUUGAUUGGGAGGUUUGCUUUGGAGAUAGGCUUGAUUUAGGAGAUCUUAGUUACUGAAUACCCUCUUCACUUUUGUAUAGGAGGAGGUUUGGGGAGGUUCUAUUUGCAGAGCAAACAGUAGAACCGACACCAUGCAGUCCAGUCAGCAAAAUUGUGAUAAUGAGGAAACAGGCUGUCUGUGUCCACUUCAUAAUCAUUUGUCUUUCUUUUGCAGUUUGAUAUGGCUCGAAAGGAUUCUUUUUUCAAUUGCAUUUCAUUGUCUCUUUGUGAUCUAAUCAGAAACAAUUUGAACAAAUAAAACAAAAAGGACUCAUUUGUGCUAAAAAAAAUUAAAAAAGAGGCUCUUGUACUUAGUAUUCCGUAGUAUAAAUCUGGCCUCCAAAAGUUCAAACCAAAGUGUAAUUACUAUACAUUAAACUGCAAUAAAUAUGUAGACUUAUGAACUACAGUAGGGGCACUUGCAAUGUUUUUAUUAUUUUUUUAUUUUUUUGGACUGAUGUACUUUAGAUGACUGACAACAAAUUGUGCAGAUAGCUUUCAGGAUGCUUUUGUGUUGCCUAAACACCUGAACGUUCUCAGAAUGUUUAAGAAAUGCUGUAGCAAAGUGUCUGCCAAGAAUUCGUGUUUGCAAGGGGUGGAAAUGAAAAUGCAAAUGUGGAUAGACACUUCCAGCACUUGAAGCCUCCUGAGGUCCUGUAUGUCAUGUGAUCAUGAAGGACAAUCAUAACCUGUUACAGAGGGCAGUUUAAAACAGAUCAAAUCUAAAGUAUUGCCUCUUGUCACUUUUCUUCCUGUUUUGCCAAAAAAAAAAAAAACAUUCUGUUUCUUUUUCCAUUGUCAACAUUGUACUCUUAUUUGUUGAAUAUGCAAGCCUGUACAGAUUGUUCCGUGUUGGAAUUGUGAAAAAAAAAAAAAUGAAUAUGCCUUUUAAUCCUAAAGGAUGACUUACUUUUUUAAUGACAUUGUUGCUGUUACUCUGCAGAAGCUAAAGCUUUAAGAAAUAUGAUGUGAAAAUUAAUGUAGUCACUUUCUGGGUCUAUAAAAAAAAAAGUUAGAAAAAUAAAAUUUUUAUUUUUGUAAACAAACACUGGAUUCAACGCUUGAUAUGGUGACACUGGCACCACCAGCGUCCCAGGAAGUUGGCCAAGCCUCAAAGGAAAUAGAAUCAUUGUGUAACCUGAAUUUGAGACCCACUUGGAACUUGAUUUUUACGGUGGAUAUUCUUUUUAACCUUGUGGAGAAUAUAACUCUUAAGAUAUUUCCACUGUUAAAACAUGUUAUUUAUCUUAAUUUUAUUGCAUUCGUGUUGCAUUUCAUUA